UGCACUUCCACCACUGAAAAAGAAAAAGGCUAAAAUGUUAGCAGGAAUCUGUUGAACGUGGCGGAACCAAAGCGAGAGUUAACUCCAAAUCCUUUAAUCGCGAGAGUCUUUCAAAUCUUCGUCGUCCGUUUUUCCUCUCCAAAAAUCGUCAGCAACAAUGGAGGGACGGAUGUUUUGGUUGGUUUCGUUACUCUUUUCUCUCUCUUUUUAGUUUUUUUGUGUGGAGAGGAGAAGACAACGCCCUUUUCUCUCUCUCUUUCUUUCUUUCUCUAUCUCUCUCUCUCUUUCUAAAAAACCCACUUACACAAAUCUUCAUUCAAUCUCGUAUACAUAAACUUCUCCUUUCUCUUUCUCUGCUUUUCCCCCUUUUGUGUUUUUGGUUCUGGGAAAGGUAUUUGGAUGGUGGGUUUUUGAUUUGAUCCAAAUUGCUGCUCUGCAACUGCUGGGUUGUGGUGGAAAUGGGGAUUUGGGUGGUGGGUUGUGAUGGGAUGAGUUCUUCGCCGGCGAUGGCGCGGUGAUUUCAGGACGAUGUUCCUCUGCGAUGGAGUACGAUUCUGGAAUUCCGAUGUCUGUGACGGAGGGGCACUCCUCUGCCCUCACACCAUCUUUGCGCGAAGGUUCUCUUGCUAAUUUCGAUGCACUGUGGCAAAUGAACUUGGGAUCAGGUGAAAUAAUGGGAUCUGGAUCUUAUCCUGUGCGACCUGGAGAGCCAGACUGUUCUUAUUACAUCAGAACUGGCCUAUGUAGAUUUGGAGCUACGUGUAGAUUUAAUCAUCCACCUAAUAGAGAGCUGGCUAUUGCCACUGCAAGAAUGAAGGGGGAGUUCCCGGAAAGAAUUGGACAACCAGAAUGUCAGUACUACCUGAAGACAGGAACUUGCAAGUUUGGGGCUACGUGCAAGUUUCAUCAUCCUAGAGACAAGGCCGGGAUUGCUGGAAGAGUGGCCUUAAAUAUUUUAGGCUAUCCACUUCGCCCGAGUGAAACAGAAUGUGCUUAUUAUUUAAGAACUGGACAGUGCAAGUUUGGAAAUACGUGUAAAUUCCACCAUCCUCAACCAACUAAUAUGAUGGUCUCACUGCGUGGCUCUCCUAUUUAUCCAACCGUACAAUCACCAACUCCUGGUCAGCAAUCGUAUCCAGGAGGAAGUACAAAUUGGUCAAGGCCUUCAUUUAUUCCCAGUCCACGAUGGCAAGGUCCUUCCAGUUAUGCAUCUUUAAUAUUACCUCAGGGAGUUCUUUCUGUUCCAGGUUGGAAUGCAUUUAAUGAUCAGCUAGGAUCGGUCUCGUCUUCAGAAAGCCCACAACAAACGAGGGAGAAUGUAUUUCCUGAGAGGCCUGGCCAGCCUGAAUGUCAGUUUUACAUGAAGACUGGAGAUUGCAAGUUUGGUGCUGUUUGUCGAUUUCAUCAUCCCAGAGAAAGAGUACUUCCUGCCCCAGAUUGCGUCUUGAGUCCAAUAGGCCUGCCAUUACGUCCGGGAGAACCUUUGUGCAUCUUUUAUUCUCGUUAUGGGAUCUGUAAGUUUGGUCCAAGCUGCAAGUUUGAUCAUCCUAUGGGAAUCUUCACAUACAAUCUCUCUGGAGCAUCAUCAGCCAAUGCCCCGGUUCAGCAUUUGUUUGGGACGUCUUCGGGAACAACUGCACUGAACCUAUCAUCUGAGGGGCUAGUCGAAUCAGGACCUGCAAAGCCGAGGCGGCUAUCAAUCUCUGAGACUCGAGAGAUGCCAUCUGACGAUGAAAAUAUUGACGCCGAGGGCUGAAUGUUGCAGCAGCUCCAUUUUAUUACCCCUUUUACAAUCUUUUGGAAGAUAAAAAGAUGGAAGAGCUAUUUGUAAAUUCAUUAUGCCUUGCCUUGCUGGAAGGAAAAAGAUGUACAGGAGGGUUCAUGUAAAGUUGAUCCUGUUUUUUCUGAAAACGCAUUUCAGAUGGCAGCAGAUUAAUUCCUCUGAAUUUUACUUUUUAUUUUUUUCUUUAAUGUUUCUGCAUUGUAUAAAAAGAUCUGCAGAUGAUGUCAGUUUCACCUUUGGUAAAACAACAAUUCAUGAACUACUCAUUUGUCCCCAAAUCUUUCUGAUAUUUGGGAUUUUAAAUUCUUGUAAAGAAAAACCCUUGCUAUUUCCCCCAAAUUUUGAUGGCCUGUUUGGCUCUUCAAUGAAUGAAUAACCAUGUUCAUGAUGCUUUCAGAUA